AUGUAUGUGGUCAAGGUGGUGAGGUCACCAGACGGAGAGAGUCGAAAUUAUUCCAUUGGACAGUUAAGCAUUCAGAGGACAGCGGUGUGGAUCCUGGAGCAGUACUACCGUGAUUUCCCAGUCUACAACCAGUAUCUAGAUCACAUCCCGGGGUCACGCAGGGCAAAUAAGAUAUCCAAUUUCAAGUUUUAUGAUGUCGAUGGCGUGACCAAUCCCACGCCUCAUGGCAGAUCUCGGGCAAUACUGGCUGCGGCCGCUCGAAGGAGAGACUCCAGUCAUAAUGAUAGGUUCUAUGAGGAACAGGAGUAUGAGAGGCGUGUGCGGAAGCGGCGUGCAAGACUGUUGGUGGCUGCAGAGGAAGCAUUUACUCAUAUCAAGAGAAUGCAGGACGAAGCAGGUCCAGCAAUUCCUAUGGAUCCACAAGAGGCAGCACAAGCCAUAUUCCCCUCAAUGGCGCGUGCCCUACAGAAGUACUUACGCAUCACGCGACAGCAGCCACGCUACUCAAUGGAGGGAAUACUGGAGCAUUUAGCAGACUGUAUCAGCCACGAUAUGAGCCCUCGUGCUUUCAUGGAGAAAUAUCUCACACAAGGGGCUGUUGUUCACAACCCCAAGGACUAUAAACCCACUCAGCCAUGGGUUCUUGUAUGUGACUCUCUACUCAGUCGUGCUGCCGAGCACGGAACUCUGUUUAACUUACGCCAAGGGGACGUUUCCCUUCUGUGUAAAGUGACCAAGAUUCCCCAUUUUAGUAUCACUGAGGAGGUGAUUAAUCCCAAGAACAACAAGUUUGUCCUUAGGUUGAAUUCUGAGACAUCUGUCUAAGGGCUGUAUGUUGUGCUGACAUCUAUUGAGAAAACAAAACAUUGAGCUGGAGAUCAUGCCACAGUCAUUUAUAGUGAUAACAUCUGUUGAGAGAAAAUAUUAUGGUGGAGAGUAUAUCACAGGCGUCACCAAGAAAACUUAGCUGCAUACUGCACUUUGUGGAAUGGGAGAAAUGCCUUUUAUAUUUAAACAUGCAAAUUAGAAAUAUUUUACAUGCAAGAAAGUGGUAUUAUGUAUGAGAGGUAUAUGUGGGCACCACCCAGAUUCACAUUCUGUCCAUUAUAAAGCAUUUUGGUUACUUAAGAGACCUGAAGAGGAAACACAGCAGUUUUCAGAUGUGACUGAGUGGAACACUGGACAGAUUAAGAGCUGUUACAAUAGUCUAUGGCACAAGAUUUCCACUUGCAACAAAAAGAGCAAAAGCUGUGUAUAAACAAUAUUUAUGAGAUAUACACCUCUGUAUGCACAUUCUGUGUAUAGGUAGAACCUCUGUUAAUAUACACUUGCCAUAUGAGAGGUUUUAGUUGCAUUAUACACUCAGUGUGUAUGUUACAAUAUCUUACUGUUAAUGACAUCAAGUGUACAAUUUAAUAUUUGGAUUUAUUAUGAUGCAAGCAGGUGCAUUUUAAAGACUGCCAUGUUAGUGAAUUUGGAUCAAUGCCUGUUGUAUUGUAUGUAACUGAUCCAGUGUCAUAAGGUUAUAGUACCCCUCCC